AACAAAAAGUAUUCCGUCGCAAGUUUUCAUAAAAUCCGUAAUUUUCAGGAAAACACCAACAGAAAUGUGAAGUGUGAUUCAAUAUUGAAGAUUUCAGAUUUGAUUUAAGAAAUUUUAAAUAUAUUUAGUUCUGAACAAUUUGAACCAAUUUUGCUGUUUCCACAAGUAAAGAGGUAAAAUUAAGGAUGUUGCGACCACCCCUACUGCGUCACGCCCGACGCGCACACACAUCGGCUUUUAAGAAAAAUCCACAUCUGGAUGAAAUAAUUAGAGUCGAUCACGCUGGAGAGUUAGGAGCUGACCGCAUAUAUGCAGGUCAGAUGGCAGUUUUGGGUAAGUCAAAGGAAGGACCUCUGAUACAACACAUGUGGGAGCAAGAGAAGAAACAUCGAGAGAAAUUUGAGGAACUCAUUUCAAAGUACCGAGUACGACCUACUGCUAUGACACCGCUUUGGAAUAUAGCUGGCUUCGCCCUUGGAGCAGGCACAGCCUUACUCGGCAAAGAAGCAGCCAUGGCUUGUACAGUAGCAGUAGAGACUGUAAUAGUUGACCACUACAAUGACCAGCUUCGAACUCUAAUGGAGGACCCUCAGAUUGACAAGGAUAUACUGGACACCAUCACCCAGUUCCGUAAUGAGGAGCAGGAGCACCACGAUACAGGAAUAGACCAUGGAGCAGAACAAGCACCGUUCUAUCAGGCCCUUACUGAAGUUAUUAAAACAGGAUGCAAAGUUGCCAUUGCUAUAUCAAAGAAGAUAUAAUAUAUAUAAUGGAAAAGGCAUAUUUUUGUAAAUAUAGGAAUAAAUGUUACAGUGGAAUCUCUAUAACUUGAACUUCGUUAAGUCGAAAUCCUCAGUAAAUCGAAAAAAAUUGCCAUCCCCUUCCGCUGAACCCUUAAAGACGCGGUCUCUCGAAUUAUUUAGACAUUGUAACUCGUACAAAAUGUUAUUUCCCUAUGAAGUAUUGAUAAUACAUAUUUAUAUUCUAAAACUCGAAUUUCAAAAAACUCUAUACUGAACUAACAGUCUCCGUAAGUCAGUUGGAAUUCCCCAAAAUAAUAGCAACAAAAUCCAAAGUGAAUUUUCGGGUUCGGGGCUACUAAUCUAUUGUUUUUAUCUUGUACACGAAUGUAUCCAUUCAUUGCCUACAAUCGGAAAAUACACUUAUGAAUCGCGCCACGGUAAGUCGAAAUAUCAGCAGUUACCUCAUAUGUAUGUAUCGUAGUUAAGUCUUUAAUUUUUACAUUUCCCUUGACAUUCGAGGUAUACAGAUUCCACUAUAGUUUGCUGUAAAACUUUUUAUUGAUUAUCCAGAUUACGACUAAAAAACUCGUAGAAACAAACAAUAUGAGCAAGUCUUCAUUUAUCUGUAGAGUCCUCAGCCUGUGACUAUGUGCGCAUUUAACACGCCGUAUAGUGAAUGAAACCAGACAUGUCAAAAAGUCCAAGGCGUGAGUCCAGCACACACGGCUGCCGUCACUUGUUUUUAUAAAUAAAAUGAUCACGAAAGCGAUUCAUAAAUCUGAGGCCCAACCUAUAAAGUUUUGCGCCACUGUUUUUGUUUUGCAUACAAUAAAUGGGUAAGAAUGAAUAACAAAACACGAAUUGAUGUGCUCUAUUCGAUUAUGAUUGGUGAACAAUAUCUCUAGCACAAUACGUGUUGACACGCGACGCUUACGUUUUACAUUUUCAGCUUUUAGGAAGCGAUAUUUUAACGCUAAAGAUGAUCAGCGAUCAGUGGCCAUGUUUGGUAGUAAAUAUUUAGAGGCUUGUGUAAUAUUUACAAUUGAACUGUUGUCGGAAAACCUUAGCAGCGCACCACACGUAAGUAUUUGAACUAAUGGCAAGACUUCAACGUUCAUCGAACUUAAUUCAUAUAUUUUAUAGUUUUUGUUUAAAACAACAAAUAAAUACAAUAUUUGUUAACGUUUUAAUUUGAAAGAGUUAGCACCUAGAUGAGAAAAACAGACGACAUUCUAUUCGAAUGCAGCCAAAUUUUACCAGUAAAUAGUUCUUGGUACGCGAGCUCAGCUCAGUUCUUAAGACAAAAUCUUAUAAUACAAAAAAAAUGUCUUAUCAUUAAUUAUUAACUAGCUGUUUCCUUACAACUUCCACAGUACUUUUAUAAAUGGCGGAUUGCGAAACUGUAUACAUUUACUUACAUUUUUGGAUUCUCCAAUAAGAAGUAAAUAAUAAUAUCUCCAAAGUUACCCAAUUAUUAUAGUUUAUUUAUCAGACCCAAGGCCUACCUCACGUUAUACUUAUCUCAAACCAACGUUGUUAUGCGCCUAAUUUGUAAGGUCAAAUUUUUGUUUUACAAAUAUGUAUGUACAAAACAAUGUUAUCUUUUUAUUAUUUUGUAUACUUACGAGCAUCUAGAUUAUAAUAUUACGCAAUGUCUUGAUUAAAUAUUGAUUGUUUUAUAUGACGAAGUUACAUCCAGAAACUAAUACCAAUUUAAUAACAAACUU